AUGGAGGGUGGCCCCAGGAGCCCCAGCUCCUCCGCCCACGACUCAGCGCCGUUGGGCGGCACAGUGACGCUGUAUGAGCUCCUCGACUGCACCCUGGCGGCCUCACCCGACCAGUUGAAGCGCCAGUUCCGGCGGCUGGCGCUGCUCUACCACCCCGACAAGGCGGGGUGCAGCGAGCGCUUCCUGGCCAUCCGGUCGGCCUUCGAGGUGCUGAAGGACCCGGCGAAGCGAUUCAAAUACGACACGACUCUGCUUCACAUGCUGGACAUGCAGGAGUACCUGAGUCGCUUCUCGGAGCUGGUGCUCACUGUGCAGGGCCUCAGCCUUCCACCACACCUUGCGCACCUGCACAGCACCUCUGCCACAGUGCAGCAGCAGCAACAACAACAACAACGGCAGCCGUAUCGCACUGCGCUGCGCUGUGCGCGCAUCGCUGCUUGCCCUUGA